GCAGACCGAACGCAAUGUUUGUAGUAGCGCCGUCCGACUCAACUGAGAAUUUUUAUUCUUUAUGUUGGUCAUUCUGUAAAAGACGUCAUUUCCGUUUUCUUUCUUUCUUCUCCCUUCAACGCAUCAACGCCCUUAUUUAUUCUCUCUUUUCUAUCACAAACGCAUCGCGGAUCACGGUUGUUUUAUUUUUCGCCUUCUCGUUCUUGUUCGCCGUCGCCAUUACGUUUACGUAUUUUAAUGAAAGUAACCGGUAGUUUGUGUCUUUAAUUUUGUAUUCUCGCAAAUAUUUUUAUAUUUGGAAAUAUUUCAUCCAUGAAAGUUGAAAUGAGACGAGACGAAGACAAAGGUGGUGACAAAAUGGAACCAGAACAAUUCAGGAAGCUUUUCAUUGGAGGACUGGACUUUCGUACAACUGAUGAUUCCUUGAAAUCACAUUUUGAACAAUGGGGUGAAAUCGUAGAUGUUGUAGUUAUGAAGGACCCCACAACUAAACGAUCACGUGGUUUCGGUUUUAUUACCUAUUCCAAAGCACAUAUGGUAGAUGAUGCUCAACAAGCUAGACCACACAGAGUUGAUGGCAGGGUUGUUGAACCAAAAAGAGCUGUACCCAGACAAGAUAUUGGACGCCCAGAAGCCGGCGCUACAGUUAAGAAAUUGUUUGUUGGUGGUAUGAAGGAAGAUCUUGAGGAAGAGGAUUUAAAGGAGUAUUUUUCAAAAUAUGGAAGUGUCUUGUCUGUUAGUAUUGUUACUGAUAAGGAAAAUGGAAAGAAAAGGGGAUUUGGAUUUGUUGAAUUCGAAGAUUAUGAUACUGUUGAUAAAAUUGUUUUACAAAGGAGCCACACAGUAAAGGGAAGGCAUGUUGAUGUAAAGAAGGCUUUAAGUAAAGCUGAAAUGGAUCGUGCUGGUUCUGGUGGUCCACGUGGUGGAGGUAGAGGAGGUGGCUCCAUGGGUGGCGGCGGCGGUGGCCGUGGUGGAAACUUUAACCAAGGAGGUGGCGGCGGCGGCAAUUGGAACCGCGGUGGCGGUCAGGGCGACUGGAACCAAGGAGGAGGAGGAGGUGGUCCUGGCAAUUACAGUGGUGGCCCAUGGUCUCAGGGACCUUGGGAUAACCAGGGUGGUCCAGGAGGUCCCGGUGGUCCAUGGGGUGGCCAAGGAGGUUAUAGUCAAGGAGGUCCGGGUCCUUGGAACCAAGGAGGUGGUGGGGGCGGCCCUGACGCCUUUGGAAACAACUACCAACAGAGUUAUGGUGGUGGUGCAGUGAGGAACAACUACCAAAAUCAGAGGCCAGCUCCAUACAAGUCAUUAAAGGCAGUAGAUGGCAACAGAGGCUGAAGAUACCAGCGGAUUUGGUGGUGGUGGUAGCAGUUAUCCCAACGGCGGUAACCAAGGCGGUCCUCCUGGCCAAAGGCGAUUCUAAAACGUAAGUGCCCUGAUACACUGCUUACAAAAAACUUAAAGUAAUUGAAAAAUGGGCAGUGCCAGGUGUACAGAUCAUAUCGUUCCAAAAGCAUUCACCUCUCUAAAAAUUAAACUCAAUUAAAAUAAGGUAGAACAGUUGUGAACGUUUUGUUAAUUUCCACUCUAUGGAUCAAACAACGUUUUUUAAUAAAUUGUCAUUUGGUGUAAUAGCGUUUAAAAUUUUUAGUAUUUUUAUAAAUCAAAACUUUUUAAAAAACGUCGUUUGGUACCGGUGUUAGAACAAUUCGAAAUUGCGCCAUUUAUUGAUAGUUUUCUGUAUUACAUUUACGUCGCUAAUGUGUGCAAUAACAUUUCUGGCUCCUGAAUUAGAAUAAACAAACAAAUCUAAAGAAUAAGGGAUGACAUUUAAUAUAGGUGUACGCAGUUUCAUGCGCACGGAUAUGUUAAGUUAGUUUUGUAUUUUACAGUGUGUCACAAUUUUUUUUAUGUCUUUGACUUUAUCACGUUAGGAAUAGGUAAUAAAUGUAUAUGUAUUUCCAGUAUUUAUUAAAGGAUUGUAGUAAUAAUAGUAGUAUUUUUUUAAUAAUAAAAAAAAUAGAUUAGGUUAUUUUUGUAAAAUGUAGAUUGCAGGAACAGAACAGGUGCAGAAGCAGGUAGUAUGUUUUCAUUUGUCAAUUUAAUGGACCUAAUUUGUCAAUAAAUUGUUUUGAAAUUAAAGUGGAAUGCCUACUUAUUUUUAGGAAAAAAUAUUCUUUUAGGCAUUGCUCAGAGAAAUUGUCACUGUAUUGUUAAAUAGCUGGACAGAACGAAUUGGUGCAAUAAGUUCAAAUAACAAAAAGUUUGAUAAUGAAAAUUUUUUGAAAGUUCAAAUUACAACAGUUCGAAACUACAAAAGUUUGAGAAAAAUACAAAAACAAUUUACCUAACCUGUGUGACCUAGAGCAAUCGCGAGUUGCUUCGCAAAAAAAUUAUACAUAAAAUGAGAGAAAAAACUUAAUAUGCCAAUUUCGUAAUAUAAUGCUUACGAUCUUAUUUCGAUCUUUAGUACUUUCAAACAUGUGAUUUUGGUCAUUUGUGCUUUGGAUCAUAUGCGAU